AUGUCUGCUGCCAGCUGUCUGAGAUCUGAAGAUCAGUUUCUGUGCUCCAUCUGUCUGGAUGUGUUCACUGAUCCAGUCACCACACCAUGUGGACACAACUUCUGCAAAAACUGCAUCAAUGAACACUGGAACAGUGAUGUCCAGUACCUGUGUCCACUGUGUAAAGAGGUUUUCUACACAAGACCUGACAUGAAGGUCAACACUUUGCUCACUGAGGUUGUUGCUCAGUUCAGACAGGAAGCUCAACAGAAAGCCAGCAGCAGCAGCUCAGAGCAACAAGCUGCCAAACCAGGAGAAGUUCCCUGUGACGUCUGUACUGGAACCAAACUGAAGGCCCUGAAGUCCUGUCUGGUGUGUCUGACCUCCUACUGUGAGACUCACCUGGAGCCUCAUCUGACAAAGUCAGUCCUGAAAAGACAUCAGCUGAUCAACCCUGUGGAGAACCUGGAAGACAGGAUGUGUAUGAAGCACGAUAAACCUCUGGAGCUGUUCUGUAAGACCGACCAGACAUGUGUCUGCAUGCUCUGCUCUGUUUUAGACCACAAGACACAUGAGUUUGUUCCUCUGAAAGAAGAAUAUGAAGGAAAGAAGGCAGAGCUGGGGAAGACAGAGGCUGAAAUUCAGGAGAUGAUCCAGAAGAGACGACUGAAGAUUGAAGAGAUCAAACACUCAGUUGACCUCAAGAAACAGGCUGAAGACUUCAUCAAAGAGCUGGAACAGGAAAUCUCUGAGCUGAAGGAGAGAAGCUCUGAGGUGGAGAAGCUCUCACACUCUGAAGACCACCUCCACCUCCUCCAAAACUUCCCGUCCCUGAAAGCUGCUCCACCCAUCAAAGACUGGACAGAAGUCAGCGUCCGUCCAUCAUAUGAGGGGACUGUGGUGAAAGCUGUGGCUCAGCUGGAGGAGACGCUCAGUAAACAGAUGAAGAAGCUGGUUGAGGCUGAGCUGAAGAGGAUCCAGCAGUAUGCAGUGGAUGUGACUCUUGAUCCUAAUACAGCAUAUCCUAAACUCAUCCUGUCUGAUGAUGGGAAACAAGUCAAUUAUGGUGAUGUGAGGAAGAUUCUCCCAGACAACCCAGAGAGAUUUUUAGAAUGUUGUUGUGUGUUAGGAAAGCAGAGUUUGUCUUCAGGCAGAUUUUACUUUGAGGUUCAGGUUAAAGAGAAGACUGAGUGGGCUUUAGGAGUGGCCAGAGAGUCAAUUGAUAGGAAGGGAAAAAUCAAACUGAGUACUAUGUAUGGUUUCUGGACUAUAUGGUUGAGAAAUGGAAAUGAGUACAAAGGUUGUACUAGCCCUCCAGUUGAUCUCUCUCUGAAGUGUCGUCCUCAGAAGGUGGGGGUGUUUGUGGAUUAUGAGGAGGGUCUGGUCUCCUUUUAUGACGUAGAUGCUGCAGCUCUUAUCUACUCCUUUACUGGCUGCUCCUUCACUGAGAAACUCUUCCCAUUCUUCAGUCCGUAUCCUAAUGAUGGUGGUAAAAACUCUGCUCCUCUGAUCAUCUGUCCUGUCAAUCAAACUGUCUGAUCAACAGUUUUUAUUUUAUGAGAGCAAAUAUUAAGUGUCAGUUACAUUCAGUGUGUCAUACUGUACACUUUGUUUAUUAAGAAUAAAGAAGAACUGUAUU